UCCAGCAGCUGGGGUGGGUUUUGCUGCCCUGGCUGGAGAAGAGCUGGUUUGGGAAGUGCUGGGAUGGGCAAAGAAGAGCUCAGAGGGAUUAAACUCCACUGGGACGCUGAACACACACUUGAGCCUGACAAAUGAAGGAUUUGGGUGCUCUCAUUCCACGUUGCUCAGCUCCCAAAUAUCCCCAGGGCUGGUGCAAGGGGAUGGAUUUAGCUGCUGGCUGGAGCCGGGCAUGGCGGAAUCCCGCAAUAUUCAGCAGGAAUUAUUCCAAGUGAUGGAUGAGACAGGAGCAGCUGAUGAGCAGGAGGCCAGGCCAGCCCUGGAACAGCAUCCCCAGCGCUCCUGGCAGUGGAGGAGCACUCGGCAGGGCCGGGAUCGCUGUCCUGGAGUAACCCCGGCCCUUUUUUAUAUCCCAAGGCAUCCAGAAGGCUCCGUGUGGUCGCUGCCGCGGCCCCUCACCAGGGCUCCUGGCCCUGCCUGCUAUAAUUAGCACCAAACCUCGUUAGGAGAGGCAGGGGCAGCUCUUCAGGACUGGUAAUUUAGUAAUUACUGGAAGCCUCUAAUGGCUCUCCAGGGGCAGUUUCCUCUCCCUUAUAAAGGAAGGUCUUGAGGAUGCGGCAUUCAUUGGAGUGGGGAGAGGUUUUUGGGGGGGGAAUUCUGGGGGGCAUAAAUCCUAAAUUCCUGUGGUGAGAGGUCUGCAGGGACUGGGCAGGGGAGAAGGAGGAGGUGGAAGGACAAAAACAAGAAGAGGAAGAAGAUGAGGAAGAAGGAGAAGGUCUAAGCCUUACUGGGAGCAGAGCCUGGAGUUUCAGAGCCCUGGGCAGGUGCUGCCUUCAGAGAUCCCAAAUCAGCAGCCUCGCCCUGCUCUGAGGGAUUUGAGCUCAGAGCAGGAACACUGAGGCUGGCUGGGUGCUGCAACAUUCCCUGGAUUUGAGCUCCAAUAAGGAGCCCAAAGCUCUCUAAGGCACGGAGAAUUCCAGCACAGCCAAAGGCUUUUGCUGGCCCUGAAAGGCAAGGCUGGGAACUGCAAGGGGAAGGAAAAUCUGAGGAGAGCACCCACCAUGGCACAUCAGCUGGUUUAUUCCCAGGAUGGAUUCUGAAGUCUGGAUCAAGUUCCUUCGGCUCCACAGGUCUGAGACGUGGCCAGCAGGGAAAACUGCCCUGGGAAAGAGGAGGAAAACCUGCUCGUGGGUGGGAAAACCGCUGGGAAAAACAUCGAGGACACUUCGGGGGCUGUGACAGCAUCUCCGAAGCUGCUUUUAGGAGGGGAGAACAGCGGAGCCGCCGCAUCCCUGCGCUCGCACCAUGCCCCUCUCCCGCCACACCGGCCAAAUCCCGGAGUCCACCUGGACCCUGGGCUUCAGGGAGAUGACGGAGCCCUGGAAAGGCGCCGUGGGCUGCCUCGGCGUGGCCGUCUUCUUCGCCAUGACCAUCGGCAUCAUCUCGUGGCAGGCGCUGGAGCAGCCCCCGGAGGAGUGGGUGCUGCGGGGCCGGGACGCGGGGAUGCUGUGGGAGCGCGGCCGCGGGGCGCUGCUGCUGCGGGCGCUGCCGGCCGGCCGGCCCGUGCUGGCCAUCGCCGUGGGCAGCGUGCCGGCCGCCGAGCCCCCGCCGCCCCGAGACCGCUGCUGGCACGACGGAGGCCAGUUCUGCUAUUCCUGGGAGGAGGACGCCGAGCUCCGGCUGUCCCUGGAGCCGCCGGCAGCCCCCGGGACGGAGUGCUACGGCGUCCGCUGGACCCCGCUGCGCCCCGACGUGACCCUGAAGGAUUGUUUUUCCAUGGCCAAUGUCUCCUGGUAUGGAGGACCAAGCAUCCGUGCCCAGCGCUGGCCCCUCAACGGCGCCGAGAGCCCCGCGCAGCCCUUGGUGAGCGGCGACCUCGGCGCAAACCCCGAUGGCUUCGGGCCCGUCCUGGAGAGGUUCUUCCUGGGAUCCACAGGAGUGACGGUGACAGUGGCUCCCGACGUGUCCCUGCUCCUGUCUCUGGAGAGCCAGCGGCAGUUCUGCCUGGAGACGCCGGCGGGGCGAGCGGAGCCCCUGCACUACCAGCUCUGUGUCAGCGCCGACGUGGCGGCCGCCCGCCGGCACAGGGCUGGCGCUCCGGCCGGAGCAGCUCGGACACUGCCGGACACCGCGCUCCUGCGGUCUCCGAUAUGGCGCUACCACGGCCCGGAGGGUUCUGCCGCCAAAAUCAAGCGAGGCCUGAGGUCGCUGGUGAGGAGGCUGAGGCGCCAUCGCCUUCAGGAGGGCGUCGUGGCCCUGGGGGAGCGCGGCACCGCCGUCCUCGCCGCCGCGGACCUCGUGCCCUCGGAGCGCAGGAGGAGGCAGGCCCCGGCGCUGGUGGAACCUCUGGAGCUCUCCAUCACGCUGUCCCCGUACGCUGGUGUCACCUCCCCGCUCUUCCUGCGCUCCCUGCGUGGCGGCGAGGCCACGGGAUACUGGCUCAGCCGCCAGCCCCGACCCGGGGCCAGCUCGAUCCCGCUGCUGACCACCUGGAAGGGGCAGCUCUGUGCCCGCCUGAACGCCACCAGCGAGGCAGCGCUGGGCUGGUACCUGGCUCGUGCCCGGCGCCUGCGGCAGGCGCUGGGGGCCGCCUACGUGGCCUUCGAGGGAGUGGAGGGCAAUUCCUUCCUGGAGCAGGAUGUCCCUGCUCCCGCCGGGCUGGAGGGAGAUGCAUACACCGAGGCGCUGGCGGUGGCGCUGGCGACGCUGGGCAAUGGCACCGUCAUCAGCGCCGGGAGCAGAUCCAGUCACCUCCCGCUGUUUGUCCAGAUGAGCCCCCUGCGCUCCGACUGGAGCCACGCCGGGCUGAAGGGGCUCAUCCCCUCCGUGCUGCACUACAGCCUCCUGGGCUACAACUUCUUCAUCCCUGAUGCAGUAGGAGGGAGCGUGGCUGGAGCCACCCCAGGGGACCCGGAGCUGUUUGUGAGGUGGCUGCAGAUUGUGACAUUCCUGCCCGUGAUGGCCUUUGGGACCCCGCCCUGGCUCUGCUGUGACACCUGGGUCCUGAAUCUGACCCGCCAGUGCAUCCAGAGGCACCGGGAUUUUGUCGUGCCCCUGCUCCUAAAAUACAGCGAGGAGUGGCAGAGUUUGGGAUACCCCAUCUUCCGUCCUGCCUGGUGGCUCAGCCCCACAGAUCCAGCUGCAUUCACCAUAGAGGAUGAGUUUCUCAUUGGAGAUGAGGUCCUGGUUGCUCCAAUAACAGAAAAGGGACAAACGUGGAGGGAUAUCUACCUGCCAGGAGAGGGGCACCUCUGGCUGGACACCAACACUGCCCGAGUGUUUGAUGGUGGCACCACGCUCAGGAAUUACUCUGCCAGCCUGGCAGAGGUGCCCGUGUUUGUAAAGACCUCCUGAAUCCAGGCUGGGCAGCUCUGGGACAGACACCUCCGAGGGCAGCACUCCCCUCACACUUCCAGCCUCUUUGCACUUUUCCCAGAUCCUUUUUUUGGUUUUGUUUUGUUUUUUACUUCAGCAGAAAUUGUCUGCAUUUUCUUAUGUUGUUACCCUAAAGUAGUGGCUCUGCCACCAGCAUCCAUCCACACAGAAUGCUGCAUUUUUUCCAGGGUUUUCCUGGUGAAAUAUUUGUGUAUGUGUAUGUUCAAGUGGGAAUAUCCAGCAUUUCCAGGUCCCUGGCACCAUGCUCAGAGAGGCAGGGAGAGGAUUUUCCAGGAGAUAAACGAAGAUCAGCUUAUACCUGAGGAGAAGUUUUGUAUUUAAUGAAAAAAUUAAAUCUAGGGGGAAAACUACCAGGAUAGUUUUGGUGCUGUGUGUGGCCACCUCCUGUGCUGAGCAGUGCUUCUCCCACCUGAGGCUGUGUGUGGUCUCCAGGCAGCAAGAGCUCACAUUCUGAGUAUAUUUGGGAAAAUGAAUGAAUUCCAGGUGCAUUUAAAGCAGGUUUCUGUGGAAGAAAAAUAAACUUGACCAAGCAGA